GCCUCGACCGUCAUCGGCUAUCUUGUCAGCUCACCCCACCACCACACGGCUGCUUCGGCGGGACUACUUUUGACAUGAUAGUGGCCUCACAAAACUAGGAUUCCGCGUGGGCUGCUGUAGGCUCGUGCGCUAAAAGAGCUGGGAACGGUACACCUGUGGAGGACGGCCACUCCAGGGCAUUUGAGGCUGGAGGCGCGGAAGGAAACCUAAGCACAUGCACUCUGCUUCAAGAAUGCUGUCAAAGCAUGUGAUGGCGUGAAGCCAUGAGUUAUAUACUGGUUGAUUUUCCAAGCACGUGACGAACGCGUCGCGAUCGAGUUUGUUUAUCACCAUACAAACUUUAAUUUUCUAGGAAAAUUCGAGGAGUAUAAAUACGGCGCGCCCUCGCAAAUAUUUUCUUCUCUCAGUUUAUCCGUGUCUAUCUGUGCCAGCAUAUUCUUACGAUAUUCAUUCUUCUCAACCAUCAUCUGCCAUUAUGACUCUCUCUACCGGCAUGACCAUUACUGUCCGCGUCGCCGUCACUGGCUUCCUUUCGGUCUCUUGCUUCAGACGUGUUGUCGUCGACAAUACCGCUCAGGUUCCUAUCCAAAGCAGAGAAUGCUUCCGCUGGCCUCGCUCCAUCUCCCUUAUUGCGUUUAAUCGAAUCGACGGAAACAAUCGUCCGCCUCAACCACGGGUUCUAAUAUUUGUACGCCUUGCAACACUCUCACCUCGCCGGACCUCUACUGCAAACGCCUGUCCAUCGAUUCCAGCACCACUCUUGUACCCCAUAACGACGACUCAGUUUCCCGACGUUUUCCUGGACGAUGGUGCCUGGGACGCUGAUGACUAUGACUUGGAGUCGCUUAGCAACGAAAGCACUGUCCACAAGGACGAUCGUUCUGAAAUCCAGCCUCAGAAGGACCAUGCACUGGAACAUGUGCUUGAUAUACUGAUUGCCAAAAUGACAGUUCUCACUCUCGAUGAUCCGCCUCGUCCUUCGAAGCUUCGACCACUAAUUCUAGUCAACCGCCAUAAGACGUCCAAGGUUCAUUGUCCUCCGCCUGCCUACUCUGUGGACACAUCGACCCGACGUUUGGAGGUGUUCACUCUCUCAGACAGUCCAUCUACCGAUCCUGGCGUCGCUCUUCCUGGACCCGGCUAUCCCAUCAACAUGCCGACUCGAAUUAUGGAGGCUCUCUCUCUCGGAGAUCGCCCGUCUUCCACCUCUAAGCUGAAGCCUCUGAUCCUGGUUAUGAAACACGCCACCCCUCACCUCAAGCUGCCUCCUCUCACGACUACUGUACUUCGACAGCCUAGAUCCAAAACAACAAUGCGGAGCCAGACGGAUUGGCCUUUUCCGCCGAACCCUACGAUCUGUACACACCCACAGCCCAGCUGA